AUGUCUCCCAUGACUUCCACCACUACCAAGGCUGCCGUCCAAGUCAACAAGUCUUCAACAGACCCCGAUCGCACUGAAACCUUGAUGGAGUCUUUCUUUUUGUCCAACAGGCCCAGCUACCAGUCAAGGCUGGCAUCGCAGGGCAACCUCAAGCCCGCGACGCACGGCCUGACGGACGGGGAGAUGCGGCGCAGGGCCGAGGCGAAGCGCGCCGAGAGGAACGAGAAUCUGACGACGGCGGCGAGGAUCUCCAAAAAGCCGACCAAGCCGCAGGCCAAGCCGCGGAGCAAGUUCUUCGCGCAGCUCGAGAAGGAGCGGCGCGAGGCCGCCAAGGUCAAGGCCGCCGAGGCCAAGGAGGACAAGAGGAGAGCCGAGAUGAGGCCUGGCAUCCCGCUGGGCCAGCCCGCUGACCAGCGCCGGGAGGAGAAAAGGUCGGGUGAGGCCAAAAGGAUCGAGAUGUACGACCAGAUGGUCGCGUCGAGCGACAAGGCUAAGCGGUUGGCUGCUGUGGCCGCUGAGAAAGCCGAACGCCGGCGGCUGGCUCUGCAAAGAGCGGAUGAAAGGGAAAUGGCGGAGAUCAUGGCGCAGCGCGAAAGGCGCAGACAAGAAUCUGGUUGGAAAACAGAACAUAAAUAA